AUGAGUACCACGCCCCAGCCGACGGUUGAACCCCGCUUCCAACAACUAUUCACCGAGCUAGAAACCCGCUUCCAAUCAACGAGCUUAGGUAGCGAUAAAUGGUAUAUUCUGGCUACUUCCACUCUAGCAGCCAGUCCAGACCCAGAGAGAGCAGACCAGCUAUACCUGCACCUACUCAGUCAACCCACUUACUCGACGUCACCAGCCAGACAGGCUCUGAUCCGUCGUCUGCGCGAAGCUCUCAUCAAGGCAGUCCCUAUAGUAGGUGUCUGCAAACCUCUUGAGGCAAUCCUGGCUAUCAGCAAAUUCGAGCGUGACGAGGACAAAGACUACACUUUCACUCGGGAGAAUUGGCAGUGCGACCAGGCCAACCACGAUCGCGGGACUGCUUGGCUGCAGAAGCUAUAUUCACGAAACACCUCUGGCACACUGGAUUUGUUUAGUGCCCAUAAGGACUUUGCGUGGUUGUCGACUGAGAUCACGUAUGGUCUGUAUCUUUCUGAUCGCCAGGUUUUGGAUGAUGUUGAUACUCAGCUUGUCGUUCUUCCUGGGAUCAUGAGUCAGAAUUUGCCGAAUGAGACUCAUUGGCAUAUUCGUGGAACAAGACGGUUGGGGAUUCCUAAAGAGGAGGUGCAGGUUAUUUGGGAUUGUGUGCAGCUUGUAGCUCGGUUCUUUGAUGUCAAGUUGAAUAAGGUGCCUACUGUUGAAUCAGUGGAAUAUGACAUUUAA